AUGUUGGACAAGGCAAACCAGACCUACGCCAUGGAGUUCAAGGAAUACGACCAACAAAACAAAUAUCCGACUAUGAUUGACCAGGUCGCCAAAGCGCUGAUCAAACAUAAGCCGGACAAUAGAAAGAAAGGUCCGACAACACCGAGACCUACUCCAAGCACAACCACUAUGAGCAGCAGUGCUCCUGACGGAGUGAGCAACGCACAGGCGAAUGCUCGAACGUCAUCUUCACGACCGGCUUAUAGUUGCUUGUGUUGCAGAGAUACUGGCCAUGGGGUCACCCCUUGUCCUGAACGCUCCACGCGCCCACAAGCGGAAAGGAGCGACCCAGGACAAUACAGCGACGCACCCACUACUACUACUACUACUUCAAGACGAGCGGGGAGAGCCAAUCUCCAAGUCCCUGCGGCUGCAUCUGCGGCGCAGUCGGAUGCCGCGUCUAAGAACUUCUUUAUGUUUGAUCAGCGCUUUGGCAACCUGGUCAAUCGUAGUCGGAUAUUCGUUUCUUUGGUCGUAUUCCUUGAAUUCCAUGGCAUAGGUCUGGUUUGCCUUGUCCAACAUGCUUUGGAAGCGAGACCUGUCGCAGUUGUAGAAAAAUGCACUUGCUUUAACGGUCCAUCCGCCGCUCAUCAGAUCAAUUUCGUACUUUUUUGUCGGAAGACUGAUGAUCCAAAACCUUAUCCAGGCCUAAAAUCAAAAUUAUUCCCAUACAAAUGUUUUAGUUUAGGUCCUUAG